GAAACAGCAGCGACUCCAACUAGUGCUCUGAGUGAGUCUCUGCAACUUGCGCAUCAGGCUGUUCGUUUCAAACCCACGGACGGACGUGCUUGGUCUGUAUUGGGAAACGCCUUGCUCACUGCAUUUUUCGAGAGUUGGGGUUCGGUUGCUGCUCCGCCAAACACUACCAGUCUGUCUACAACCAAGUCCGAAUCGGCCGAGGGCGCAGGGGCAAGUCCGCGCGGUGGUCAGCUGACAUCUUCGCAGUUGAUCAUGACCCGUUGCAUCGCGGCCUACGCGCAAGCGGCCAAAGAUCGCAUUGUGGCGCUGGAACCGAAUUUUCAUUACAAUCGUGGGGUGGCGUGGCAUUUUCAAGACUCGUUCACGAACGCCCUCUGCUCAUGGCUUCGCGCUAUAUGCUUGGAUCCGCAGUGGCCUGCUCCACGUGCUUGCGCUACUCGACUGAUUGAAUUUCUUCUCGAACUGCAAUAUUCCAUCGAGCAAGUGCGACGGGAGAUGUCUGUUGCUUACACGGAGACCAAUCGGAUGGAGGCAGGUGUCAAAACUCCGUGUGGACGGCGUGACCCACACAGACGGGUUGUAGAUUUGAUAACGCCCCUGGUGCCUUGCUUAAACCUUACUACGACCUCAGACCUUGGCAAGGAGGAGGAUUCGAAGGUCACUUCGCCAACCGGGACCCAGUCAAUUAGUCGCUUGUUGGGUCCGUAUGCCGCAGCGGCUGGGGACACAACACGUGCACUUUUAUCGGGAAUCCAACAAACCGGUCGAAGCAAACGGGCUCGAGGUGCGGGAAAACGAACACCCGCAUUUACCAGUCCGUUUCAGAAUGUGACCAGCUGGCAGUUGACAUUGUGCAAGAUGUUACCACAUAAUUGGGUCGGUCCAGCUCCUAACCUCAGUCUUACUGGAGAAGUGAUAGAGCAAGUAGACAAAGUUUGCUAUCUGAGCAGCUACAUCUCAACCGGCGGACGUAUCACGGAUGAAGGCUUGGGUCCAGUUCGAAAAGACAUUCUAGCGAUCCCGCAUCCGUUUAUUGAAGAACGCGAGGUGCCGGACACACUGAUGAAUGCUGUCCUGGCAGCCGCAAGACGCAAAGAUUCUUCUGCAAAUGCGAAACCCACGGAAACGCGACUUGCCCGACACUUCGCCGAAUUACGUUUGCAAUCGGACCUAUCGGCACACGGAGAUGCUAAACAAAUAGUACCAGGACCAGAAACAAACGAAGCCUCUGGGAAACUUCACGUUCGCAUCUUACGUGUUCCCUUACCCGACGUGUUAGUUGUCAACGGCCAACCAGUUGGUUCCAGUUGGACAGCCGCGCCCGUGCUAAAAAACAUCUUUUUCACUGCGAUUUAG